GAGGCAAACACCGACUGGAUCUCUGGACAGGCGAUGCACGACACACACACACACACACACACACAAACACACACACCGACACACACCGAGACAACCUGCGGGGCGGACACACACAUAAUCCGGGGGACCUCCACACAUCAAGUCCUAUUCACCCGACCAGUGCAUUAUACCGGUGUGUUUUGGAGCCGGUAUUUGUCAGACGCACCAAGUGACAGAUCCACGGACGGUGUCGCUGCAGGUUUCAGGACAAUGACUCUGGAGGAUGAGCUGACGAAAGCCGCAGCGAACGGGAACAAGGCAACUGUGGAUAAUCUGCUGCGGGCAGGAGCGCAGGUUAACGGGGUGAACAGUUUGGGACACACCGCUCUGCAGGUGAUGAUGAUGGGCAGCACCCCGGUGGCUCAGCUGCUGCUGCGGCACGGAGCGGACCCGUCGGUGAGGGACCGGAGCACCGGGAGCUCCCCGCUGCACGACGCGGCCCGGACCGGGUUUGUGGACACGGUGCGGCUGCUGGUGAAGAACCGGGCUGACCCGCAGGCCCGGGACAAUAAAGACAACCGACCCGUCGACCUGGCCCGGCAGCACGGACACACGGAGGUGGAGGAUUAUCUUCAGUCUCUACCGGACACCGAGUGACGCUGGACGUUAAUGAAGGGAUACCGGGGCCUGGAGGGCCUUCUGUCUGAAACAUAGGAUGUUUUGCUGUAAAAGGUUUUUUUGUAUUUAUUUAUCGGAUGUUUUGUAGGUAUUGUAUUUUUAACGAAAUCUUUGUCAAUAUGAGGCUGUCAUGACAAAUCAGUAAAAUAUGGUUGGCCAUAAUGUCUAAUAAUAGCUACACAAAUUGGUUCAGAUUUAUUCUGCGUUGUAAAAUAGAAAUAUUCAGAAUAUAUAACUGUAUAAGGUGAACAGUCUUCCUAUAAUAUUUGUUCAUGACAUUGUAUUUUUAAAUUAAAAUUAGUGUUGAUUUUUGUCUAAAACGAUAUGAGAUCAUUUGAACAUAUGUCGACUAUUUAACCAAAGCCAUUCAAAAUGUUUUGCACACCCAACAUUAGUGUAACUAAAGCACUGUUUGUUCUGCAGACUCGGAGUGUCACUUCCUGUUUUUACAAAAUGAUAUGCAGACCUCGCAUUGUAUGCACUUUAAUAAAAUGUCAUUGUAAGUGUGUUAAUGGUGCAUAUUAGAAGCAGCACUAAUAUGGUAAUGUAUCUUGUGUAAAGGAUGGAUUACAACAACAAAAAGGUACAAAAGAAUAAAUAACCACAAAAAAACGAUUAUUUUAUUUUUAUUAUUCAGUUUCAAAUUGUUUGAAAGUUCCACAUUAGCUAGCUGACUUUCCUUAGAUUUUAUUCUUCUUAACAUGGUUUUAGGAAUAUUGUCAGAGGGAUCAUAGCGAAGGCUUUUCCUGACACUGCUUGGUAAAUAUUAGGCUCAUGAUUGUUUGUCCUCAGGUGACCUCACAGUUUAACUUGUUAAAAACAUCACCGAUGGGAGUUCAUUAAUUUAUCUUUAAUGGAAAGUUUAAGACGUGAUGAUUACCAGAAGAUAGUCAACUUAAAGCACCUUGGACUUCUGUAAUAACAUCUACAAUGAUUUCCUAAUAAAAUAAAAUAUAGUUGCACACCCAAUGGGUCGCCGUUACGGUCUAAUGCAUUUCAUACUUGCAGAAAGAACAAGGAACAGGAGGGGUAAACAUUAAAAAUACACAGACGUGACUAAUACCGAAACCCAACAGGAAUAAUGUCAGGCAGUAAAUAAAGUUGAAAGCAUCAUUCAACCUAUAGAUAUUAACUUUAACUUCCAGGGCAAUCAGCCUGUAUCUUUACAAUACAUUUUGUUCAUUAUGUCAAACAGGAGGCUGUAAGGGCCCGGAAAUUCCAAUCUGAACUCUCUCUUCAGGAGGAUAUUAAUGCACAAUUACAUCAUAUUUUAAAUGUAUUUUUCCCAUUCAUAUUGACCUGUUUUAGCCAAGACUAAAAUUAUUUCGCCCUGUAUUCCAAUUCAUAUAGAAUAAAAAAAAAAACUGUAAAACUUAAAUGCAAAUGGUAAGAUGCUCUAAGUGAAUUAUUCUCUGUAGUUUUUAUUGACCGGUUUUGUGCUGAAUAAUGCAUUUAUUUUAUAUAGAAAAGCAAACAAAGAGUAACAACAAAAGUUAGUAACUAUCUUUAGAUAUUGUGCCGCGUGAUGACAUUUAGGAGCAGCCAAUGCAGAUUAGAGAAGAAAAAAAAUAGGACACGGAAACAUUUGUAAACUUUAACAAAAAUUGCCAAUUUCAUUAGAAGCUUAUUCCUACAAUAUAGGUCAAAGUCACUCAGUGUAAAAAAUGAAGAGUCUUUAAACCCAGUUUAUUUAUGAUAACUGGAAAACAGUUUGCAUGUACAGUGCAGAUCUUAGCUAUAAAUGUUUUGUCUAUAUUUAUAUUGGAUGCUGCAGGUUUUGGAUUCACAAGCUUCAUGAACAGCAAACACAAAUUAAAGUAUACUCAA